AUGGAAGUAGCCCGUGCGAGUGAGCUUCCCGGCGAACUUCUUUACAUCCAAUAUGAACAUGCUCUGGAGGAGAAAUACCUGCCUGCCAUCCGGGCUUUGAUUUCCAAGGAUCUGAGCGAACCCUACAGCAUCUAUGUGUAUCGCUAUUUCUUGUACCAAUGGGCACACUUGUGCUAUAUGGCGCUCAAUCCUGUAGACAAGUCUCUCAUGGGCGUCAUCAUUUGCAAGCUCGAGCAUCAUGCUUCACACUCGCCCCCGACUCACCGAGGAUAUAUAGCCAUGCUUGCAGUAUCGUCAACAUUCCGAGGCCAAGGCAUAGCUACCGCACUGGUGAAGAAGGCUAUCGAUGCCAUGGCCGAUCGUCACGCCGACGAAAUCGUUUUAGAGACAGAAGAAACGAACAUACCAGCCAUGAGAUUAUACGAGAGACUAGGGUUCUUGAGGUCGAAGAAACUCCAUCGGUAUUACCUUAAUGGUAACAGCGCCUAUAGGCUUGUUUUGCUCUUGAAAUCGACAGAUAUCGACCCAGGCCUGCAAAUCAGCUAG